AAUUUAAAGUUGAACCCUUCAAAACCCCACUAAAAAACAGAAGAAGUUGAAGGAAUUUGUAGUUAGUAAUUGAAAUUGAAUGCAGAGGAGGAGGAGGAUUAUCAUAGCAAACCGCGUUGAAAAUCGGAAAGGGUUUUGGGAGACUAUUGGUGUUGAACUCCAUCGGUUGACCACCAGAAAAAGAAGACAAAUUCAAGAAAUGCCAUUUUUAUAAGGGAACAGGUGUUUAUUGUUCUUAUCAAGGUGGGGUAAGACGUAAAGAAACAAUCUUUUAUCUGAUAAUCUUGGACUUUUUUUGUUUUUGGUGAUCAAAUUUUUGCAUCCCAUUUACCGGAACAGUGUAUAAAUACGUCGAUUUUCAAUUAUGUUUCCUUUUUUGCCUUCAUCUAUUUCCUUCUCCCAGUUAGACCCGUCUUUUCUCUUCACUUCUGUCAAUUUCUAAGCAGAUUCUCCACGUGGGAUAGCACCAAUUUGCAGCCUCGAUUUUCAUCUAAGUUCUUAUAGAAUAUUAAUCUGAAUUUUGGUUCUUGUGAGGCUCUGUUGUUUAUGAACUUCCACCCUUUUCUUCUUAAUUGAUCUCUGUCUUCCGUUACUCUCAGAGGUUCUGUGAUUCUUUCUGUCAAGAGUUGAAUGGAAGGUCCUUCCCUAAAAAUUGAAUCUUGAAGUUUGAAAGCUCUACUUUUGUCCUGCAAAAAGGUAGGGGAAAAAUGGAGUGUUUUUCUUACUUCAGAGAUAGAACAAAAUGCACGAAACAACGAUCAGCGCCUAUUUUUUCAUUUCCAAGCAAAUCUGGUAAUUCAUCCACGGAGAAGGUGGAUGAAUCUUCAAGUUCUACCAUUACUCUGAGAGGUGCCAAGUCUUCUGGUUCAGCCACUUCAAGACGCAGUGUUUCUGAAUUGUAUGAAGAAAAGGGCCAAUACUUGAGAGUAUUUUCAUUCGGGGACCUGGCACAAGCAACUAAUAACUUCAACAGGAUGCUUAAGAUUGGUGAGGGUGGUUUUGGUAGCGUUUAUAGAGGUACAAUAAAGCCUGUUGGUGGAAAGGGUGAUCCCACUGUUGUUGCUAUCAAAAAACUCAACAGAGAUGGUUUUCAGGGUCACAAGCAGUGGGUAGCUGAAGUGCAAUUCCUUGGAGUUGUUGAGCACCCAAAUCUUGUUAAGCUUAUUGGGUACUGUGCUGUUGAUGGAGAUAGAGGUAUCCAGCGGCUACUUGUCUAUGAAUUCGUGCAAAAUAAGAGCCUUGAAGAUCAUCUUUUCAACAAAGCUUAUCCUGCUCUUACUUGGGAAACAAGACUGCAGAUAGCACUUGGAGCAGCUGAGGGAUUAGCGUACUUACACGAAGAAUUGGAAGUCCAGGUGAUAUUUCGAGAUUUUAAGACAUCUAACAUUCUAUUGGAUGAGGAUUUCAAACCAAAACUUUCAGACUUUGGGCUUGCCAGGGAAGGGCCAACUGGUGAACAAACUCAUGUUUCAACAGCGGUUGUAGGAACGUAUGGAUAUGCAGCACCAGAUUACAUUGAAACGGGCCAUCUCACAGCUAAGAGUGAUGUCUGGAGCUUCGGUGUUGUCUUGUACGAGAUGUUAACUGGUCGGCGAUCACUAGAACGAAAUAGACCUAAAUCAGAACAGAAAUUGUUGGAAUGGGUAAAAAUGUACCCUGCCAACAAUAGGAGAUUUGGAGUAAUUAUGGACCCAAGACUUGAAAGUCAGUAUUCCCUCAGUGCCGCUAGAGCCGUUGCCAAGUUGGCAGAUAGUUGUCUGGUAAAAUCUGCCAGGGACAGACCUAAUAUGAGUGAGGUGGUGGAAAAAUUGAAACAAAUUAUCCGAGUUUCAGGAGAAGAAACUUCACCUUCCCCUGAAGGAAGUCGUGAGGAUGUUGAAAUCAGUUCAGCGGAAGAGAAGCCACCUAGACGCAUGGGAGUAUCAGAGUCAGCAAAAAGACGGAUGGCGCAUUUAGUUAAACUGAGUGAGCAUGUUGAUGGAGCCCGUGGAAGGAGGUUCUUGAUAAAGCAGAGACAAUGAUGAUCUAGUACCAUUUCUGACUUGUCCAUUGUAGCUUUGGUUUUGUUAAGAUGGUUUCGAAUUUUAGUUCUUUUUUCAGAUGGCAGAAGCUACGAAUAAAAUUAGUACAAGCAAAGGAAUAUAUGGGACUGGGGCAUUAGCUGGGGGAAUUUUGAUUACAGUAGUUGGAGCAUUCUCCAGUGUUAAGAGCAAUGAAAGAGGUUUGGAAUGCACCAUUUUUUGUUGAUAUGUAAAUGAAAUCAUCCGAAAAAAAGUUUUUAACUUUUAGCAUUUUUCAUCUGCUCUAUUCAAAAGCUGACCAAGAACGUGUACGCUAAAGGCUUCUGAACUGUCAUCUGCUCUAUUCAAGUAUAACAAAGCUGCUAAACUGAUGAGAUUCCAUUUUGGAUGGCGACAGAGCCGUAUGGUAAAUUGGUAAUCUACCAGCAACCAAUUCAACAGAGGCGGAUGUAAGAAGAUACAGAGACAAUAUGGCAGGAGUUUUCUUGAUGUGGCUCCUCUAAAGAAGCAAACAGGCACCAAAGAUAUCUGCAACUGCAAGUGUACAAAACUCAAAAGGGAUAUAAAUCCAGAAUUGGUUAAUGUGACCACUCAAUGCUGAGUGAUUAGUGAAGGUUCCAGUAGAGCAAGCGUAUCGUUGCACAUUUGAUUUAUGUAUAACAUCAAAGCAAGCAACAAUUUGCAAGCAAACGAAUUAGCUAGUAUGCGGACGUUUUUCCGGGAAGAGAAGAAAUGCAUGCUGAAAAGUAGACUACAGAACACAGUUUUUACAUGGAUUUGGUAUGACAAACAAAACUAGAGAGAGGCAGUUUGAGCCCAUUGAUGAGAAGUUCCCCUUGAUUCCUGAUGGAUGUUGGCAGUUGUUACACUGACGGCAUUGGACCUUGGUGGUGAAACUGGUGAUUGGGAUACUUGAGUUUAUUUUCUUCGGAGUACCAAAAAGAAAAUUAAGAUGACGCAAACGAAUACACCAGCAAAGAUUAUCAACCCAAGUGCUGAAAGAUCCACAUAAAUAUUUCUCAUAUAAGAAGAAGAUGAUGAUGAGGUCUUCCUAUUUGACCGUAAGUCUUUUAUCAAUCAAAUUCAUGUAUACAAAAAGGGGGUAAAAAAAGAACAAACAGUUUUUUUUUUUUCCUUUUUCUUUUUCUUUUGAAUUAACCCUUUUCUUUUUAUCUUUUUCCCUCUCGAAACUUCGACAAAAUUUCACAAACAAUUAACUAUACGGUUAAUGGAUGCACUUUGAAAGCAAUGUGUUAGUGUAUUUUACUUAAGGAUGAUUACAUAACUGAUAAAGGUCUUUUCUUUUUGUUUGUUUUGGAAAUUUCUUUUUUUUUUUUUUUUUUUUU